AUGAAUGAUUUUCUUGUCAAGUAUUUUACAAAUUAUACAUUUGAGUUUGAUCCCUUUGACGUUUCAGUAGUCUUGGUAUCCAAUACUUGGUUCUUAUUUUUGACGAUGUCGUUAGAACUUCGUGAUGACCUCCGUGAUAACCUUUUAUCGAGACCUUUCAAAAUCUGGGAAUAUUUCAUUUUUUAUCAAAGUUCAGGAUUCUUCGAUCUUCUACAAUAUAGAUUUCAAAAAAAAUCUGAUUCUACUAGCGUUAGUGACAUUUAUGACGGCAGACUCUACAAGGAACUCUCUACAAAUGCGACGGAUCCUCUAUCACAUCCCACUAAUAUCUCUUUUACUUGGAAUACUGAUAGCAUACCGGUUUUCAAAUCUUCUUCGUUUUCACUGUGGCCUUUGUACCUUGUAGUAAAUGAACUACCUCCUAAGAAACGAUUUGCAAAAGAAAACUGUAUUCUUGCUGGACUUUGGUUUGGACCGUGAAAACCUGCAAUGUGGAGUUAUUUAAAAGCCAUUCCAUUCAACCUUUAGUGAACUCGAAACAAAUGGCGUUCAAGUCAAAAGCCCUGA